GCCAACAAAUCAUGAAUCCUCCCCCUCCCACCCCUCUCCUCCCCCUCCCCCUCCCCCCUCUCUCUUCAUCCCCACCAACAUCAUCAAUAAAUAUUUACUCCUGUCAAUACUAUUAGUAUCACCCUCCUAAAAAAGAUUCUUCCCUUUCCUUUCUUUUUUGACACAGUACCCUCUCUUUCUCUGUAGUAUAUCGAGUAUUGACCAUCCAACUUUUAUUUUCCCACACAACACAAGUCCAACUCUCCCUUCUCUCUUUCUGUUUUCCAUCCCACCGACCUCACCCCACUUCAACUCUAGGGUUUCUUUUUCUUUCCCCUUUUCACUUUCUUCCUUUUAUUGUGAUUGUGAUUCUUUCUCCCCCUAUUCAACCCCAUCACUUUGCUUUCCGAUCUUUGUCAAAAACAACACUCCUCUUUCUUGAUCCCUUUAGAAUUCAAUGGAUUCUCAGUAUAUCUCAUCAAAUUCUGGGGUUUCUCUUUUAAACCAGCAUGUCACUUCUUAGCACCCUCUUCUUUCCUUUCCUUUUUAUUCUUCGAAUCUUAUAAAAAUUUUGAAUUUUGAACUAGCCUUUUCUUGCUUCUUCUUCUCGUGUUUCUCUUUUUGGGUUUUGUUGUUUGAAUUGAAUUCAAUUGUCAAUAUGGCUUAUCAAGCGGUUCCGGGUCCUAGCUCGGGAUCGAGCUCAAGCUCAGGGUUUCAAUACAUGAAUUCUCCAUUUGGAGAUACAACUUAUACAAAGGUCUUUGUUGGGGGGCUUGCUUGGGAGACCCAGAGCGAGACCAUGCGUCGUUAUUUCGAGCAGUUUGGUGAUAUUCUUGAGGCUGUUGUGAUCACCGAUAAGAACACUGGCCGAUCAAAAGGCUAUGGUUUUGUAACUUUCCGAGAACCAGAGGCAGCUAGGAGAGCCUGUGCUGAUCCUACUCCGAUGAUCGAUGGGAGACGGGCUAACUGUAAUUUGGCUUCACUUGGACGACCUCGGCCACCACAGCCUUAUGUUGGACGUCUGAGACCAGCUCCCCCAUACAUUGCAAGUGUGCAAACCCCCAGAGGGACUUAUGCUGGAAGUUUUGGCUACCAGCAACCAGUUUCUUAUGGCUACCAACAAGGCUUGAUGUAUCAUCCAUAUGGCUAUGCAGCAUAUGGACCUGAAUACGUUUAUCAACAGGGUGUUUACAACCCUUAUGCUGCUGGCCAGCAGUACCUUCAGAUAUAUGGAGUUCCUGGAACAGUGAACACAGGCAUGUAUCCUUAUGGGCAGUUCGGUCAAAAUGUUCCUGGAGGUCAUGGUUAUACAACAAUGCAAGGAUAUGCUGUGCCAGGUCAUCAUAUUAUGCAGUUUGGUGGACCAGGUGUCAAUGCAAUGACAACUUCACCUUUGCCAACGAUUCAAGCACCAUAUCCUACAGGUAUAGCUGCAGCUGUUCCAGCACAGCAACAGUUUAUUGUUCCCGCUCCUUCUCCUCAAUAUAUGCAUAGUAGCGGUUCUGACCAAACCACUGGGUGAGGAGCUGAUCAAGGUAUCCUUAAGACUGCAGCAGGACUAAGAGCAGCGGAACUGCUACUUGCGUGGCGGGCUUCGAAUCUAGCCUUGCAAACUAUUUACCUUGCAUUCUAGAGGUCAUACGUAAUCAUGCUCACCAGAGAAGUCGAGGGGGAUCUGAGCUGCCCCGAACGGGUGGAGAAGGGAUGUGGGAAAUUCUUCCUUUACCCUAGUGUAUAGAAAACUCUUGUAUGCUGCCAAAACUCAGGAAGAGUAACAGGCAGCAUUGCAUUUUAUGGAUGCUGGAAUUGGUUCCUGGCAGCCAUAUCAUAGGAAUAAUAAGAAACCGUAAAAAGAAACCAUCAUGUUAGAAUCAACAUAUGAUUCUUUUAUAGUCUAGUAGUCCCAGCAUUUGGGUGUAUAGGUAGUCUCGUGUCUGUGUUGGUGUCCUGCAUUGUAUUUAACCAUCACUGGUGCUUUGUUCAUACUAGUACUAGCGGUUCUCCCUUUUUUCGGGCUCUCAA